GUAAUUUAUGUUUCGAUUACUGCUGCAGAAUGAAGUGGAGUCUCCUCUGACAAAGGCAGUUCGUGUGACAGCUGCUCUGGUCCUCAGAAACCUGUGUCGAAUGGCUCCCUCCACUCACUGUCAGAUAAGGAGACAUGAACACAGACUCAGUGAAGUGGCUCUGUCUGACAGAGAAGCUGCUCACGCCAUUACAGAGUGUCUCACCUAUUUAAACCUCACUCCUCCUUCUCCUCCCUCUCUCGCUGCUAACCCUCAUGAUAACACUGUCACACAUCAUCAGUUGACUGAAGACUCAUACAGCUCUCCCUAAUGAUUGUAUUGUUACAUUUCAUUCAGUCUUUCAACCUCAGAGAAAGUAAUUUUACUGUAUAAGGG